AUGGUUUAUGUUCAUUUCUCUCGACCAUCCAACAAUGCUAAACUCAUUGAAGUUCAAUCUAAACUAGGUUUAAAAAAAGGAAAUGUUCUCAGGAUAUGCGAUACAAGAUGGGUAUGUCGCUAUAAAAAUUGCGAGUCGAUGAUAAAAAAUUACUCAUCAAUAUUAGAAUUUUUAAAGAAUGAAGUUGAAGCACAAGUGGACAAAGAUGCUAUUGAAGCUAUCGGUAUUCUCGGUCAAAUACAAAACUGUGCUUUUUUAUUGGAGUUACUCUAUUGA